AUGGUGAGUGUUGAGACGGCGGUUUUGGAGUUUCUGAUUCCGUCAUGGUGGGAGGUGCAAGUCACGGUGGCCACGGCGGCUUUCGUGGUGGUGGCCUACUGGUUCUUUACUUUUGGUGGGCCCUCCGGCGGCGGAGAAGGGAAUAACGGUGACAAUCGGUUGCUGGUUGGCGGCGAUGAAAUUGAGGAAAAAGAUAAAGCUGUCUCAAUAAGUCAAAUCAAGGGAGAGCCUCAGGCUAAUUCUGCGUACAUGGUUAAGGUAGAACUCCUGGCAGCUAAGAAUCUUGUGGGUGCGAAUUUAAAUGGUACAUCAGAUCCUUAUGCAAUCAUCACAUGUGGUUCAGAAAAGAGAUUUAGCUCAAUGGUUCCUGGUUCAAGAAAUCCGAUGUGGGGAGAGGAGUUUAACUUUCCUGUUGAUGAACUUCCUGUAGAGAUUAAUGUGACUAUAUAUGAUUGGGACAUAAUUUGGAAAAGUGCAGUUCUUGGUUCUGUAACUAUUCCUAUUGAAAACGAAGGCCAAACUGGUGCAGUAUGGUACUCAUUGGAUAGCACAUCUGGCCAGGUCUGUCUCCAUAUCAAGACAAUUAAGCUCCAUAGGAACUCUUCCAGGGAAUUGAACGGAUAUGGUGGUACCAACCCAAGGAAGAGGCCAACCGAUAAAGAGGGUCCAACAGUUGUUCAUCAAAGACCAGGGCCGCUUCAAACAAUUUUUGGUUUUCUUCCAGAUGAGGUUGUUGAGCACAGUUAUUCAUGUGCACUUGAGAGGUCAUUUCUCUAUCAUGGUCGAAUGUACGUCUCCGCGUGGAACAUCUGUUUUCAUUCUAAUGUAUUCUCGAAGCAAAUGAAGGUUAUUAUACCUUUUGGAGAUAUCGACGAGAUAAAGAGAAGCCAGCAUGCAGUCAUAAAUCCGGCUAUCACAAUAGUUCUUCGCAUGGGUGCUGGUGGACUUGGAGUGCCACCUCUAGGAAGCCCUGAUGGUCGAGUUAGAUAUAAAUUUGCGUCAUUUUGGAAUAGAAACCAUGCUUUGAGAGCUUUACAGCGUGCUGCAAAGAACUAUCACACCAUGCUGGAAGCCGAAAAGAAGGAAAAGGAGCAAUCUGCUCUACGUGCCCAUAGCAGUUCUCUGAGGCGUCCCAAGGGUCAAGAUAAGGUUCCAAUUAAAAGUGAAGUGAAGUUUCAGCCAUUUAUCAAGGAGGAUGUAUUAUCCAGUAUAUAUAAUGAUACUUUCCCAUGCACUGCUGAGCAGUUCUUUGAAUUACUGCUGAAGGAUGGUUCAACCUUCACAAAUGACUAUCGGGCAGUUCGGAAGGAUACUAAUCUAGUGAUGGGUCAAUGGCAUGCUGCGGAUGAGUACGAUGGUCAAGUCAGAGAAAUCACUUUUAGAUCAUUGUGUCACAGCCCAAUGUGUCCUCCUGAUACAGCAAUGACAGAAUAUCAACACGCAGUUCUGUCCUCAGAUAAAAAGUUGCUGGUGUUUGAGACCGUACAGCAGGCACAUGAUGUUCCUUUUGGAUCAUAUUUUGAGGUUCACUGCAGAUGGACUCUGGAGACGAUUUCUGACACCUCGUGCCACAUGGAUAUAAGAGUGGGGGCACAUUUCAAGAAAUGGUGUGUGAUGCAGUCUAAAAUUAAGGCUGGUGCCAUCAACGAGUAUAAAAAAGAGGUGGAUGUUAUGUUGGAAGUCGCUCGUUCUUUUGUUAAGUCGAAAACUUCGACCUCUACAGCUGAAAAUACCACUCCCUCUCCUUCAGUGACUUUAUAA